CCGGGUCCAGCGCACAGGCCGCCCGCGCCCGGGGUGGGCAGCGGCUCGCGCGCCCGGACGGGCCCCGCCAUGGCCACGCGCGUCCUGCUGCUCGCGCUGGCCGCGGCCCUGCAGGCGCCCCGCGCCGCCCGCGGGGUGAGCUGGGGGAGCACCUUAGCACCUGCCACCGCAGAGGCCCCGGCGAGGGACGGGGAAGGAGCUCAGGAAGUGGUCAGCAUCUCGGCCUUGAAUGGAAGCGUCUGGAACCCGAUGGAGCAACUCCACCCGCAGAAUCACCCAGAAGUACUGAAUUUCCGGAUCCAGCUGGAAAGCAGGUCCCUGAUCGUCCACCUGGAGAGAAACGACGGCCUCAUCGCCCGUGGGUUCACAGAGACACAUUACCAGCAGGACGGGACGCUGGUCUCCCUCACUCGGAACCACACGGGCCACUGCCACUACCACGGGCACGUGCGCGGCCACCCCGGCUCCAGCGUCAGCCUCAGCGCGUGCUCCGGGCUCAGGGGACUGCUGACCUUUGACAACCAGACCUACGUCUUAGCCCCGGCGGGCAGCGCCCCCAGCGGAUACGCGCUCUCGCCCGCCCAGGCCCUGUUGGGCUUCAGGGGCUCCUGCGGGUCACAUGACCACCCUGCGGACCCCCGGCAUCCACCGCCAUCCCCGACGCCGGCCAGACGGCGAAAGCGAGAGACCCUCAAGAUGACCAAGUACGUGGAGCUGGUCAUCGUCGCGGAUAACCGAGAGUUUCAGAGGCAAGGCAGAGACCUGGAGAAGGUGAAGCAGAGGCUCCUGGAAAUCGCCAACCACGUCGACAAGUUUUACAGGCCCCUGAACAUCCGCAUCGUGCUGGUGGGCGUGGAGGUGUGGACGGACAUUGACAAGUGCCCCAUCAGCCAGGACCCCUUCACCAGCCUCCACGAGUUCCUGGACUGGAGGAAGAUGAAGCUUCUGCCGAGGAAAUCCCAUGACAACGCCCAGCUCGUCAGCGGGGUCUACUUCCAAGGCACCACCAUCGGCAUGGCGCCCAUCAUGAGCAUGUGCACGGCAGAGCAGUCGGGGGGCGUCGUCAUGGACCACUCGGACAGCCCCCUGGGUGCGGCUGUCACGCUGGCGCACGAGCUGGGCCACAACUUCGGCAUGAACCAUGACACGCUGGAGCGAGGCUGCAGCUGCAGGACGGCGGCCGACAAGGGGGGCUGCAUCAUGAGCCCCUCCACCGGGUUCCCGUUCCCCAUGGCGUUCAGCAGCUGCAGCAGGAAGGACCUGGAGGCCAGCCUGGAGAAGGGCAUGGGGAUGUGCCUCUUCAACCUGCCGGAAGUGAAGCCGUCCUUCGGGGGCCAGAAGUGCGGCAACGGCUACGUGGAAGAAGGAGAGGAGUGUGACUGCGGGGAGCCGGAGGAAUGCACCAACCUUUGCUGCAACGCGUCCUCCUGCACCCUGAAGCCCGAGGCUGUGUGCGCGCACGGGCUGUGCUGUGAAGACUGCAGGCUGAAGCCCGCGGGGACGGCGUGCAGAGGCUCCGGCAACUCCUGUGACCUCCCCGAGUUCUGCACGGGCGCCAGCCCGCACUGCCCCGCCAACGUGUACCUGCACGACGGGCACCCGUGCCAGGGCGUGGACGGCUACUGCUACAACGGCGUCUGCCAGACCCACGAGCAGCAGUGCGUCACACUGUGGGGGCCAGGUGCGAAGCCCGCCCCCGGGGUCUGCUUCGAGAGAGUCAACUCAGCCGGGGACCCCUACGGCAACUGCGGCAAAGACUCCAAGAGCUCCUUCGCCAAGUGUGAGGCCAGAGAUGCUAAAUGUGGAAAAAUCCAGUGUCAAGGCGGAGCCAGCCGGCCCGUCAUCGGUACCAACGCCGUCUCCAUCGAGACGAACAUCCCGCUGCAGGAGGGAGGCAGGAUCCUGUGCCGGGGGACCCACGUGUACCUGGGCGACGACUUGCCAGACCCCGGCCUCGUGCUUGCCGGCACCAAGUGUGCAGAUGGGAAAAUCUGCCUCAGCCGCCGGUGUCAGAAUGUGACGGUCUUCGGAGUCCACACGUGUGCCCAGCAGUGCCACGGCAGAGGGGUGUGCAACAACCGGAAGAACUGCCACUGCGAGCCGCGCUGGGCGCCCCCCUUCUGCGACCGGCUGGGCUUCGGGGGCAGCACGGACAGCGGCCCCAUCCGGCAGGCAGCCGGGCACCGUGGGGAUCCUGGCGAGUGUCCUGAGCCUGCUGGCCGCGGCCUUCGUCCUGUACCUCAAGAGGGAGACGCUGGUCCGGCUGCUCUUCACAAACAAGGAGACGACCCUGGAGAAGCUCAGGUGCGUGCGCCCCCCGCGGCCGGCCAGCGGCCCCCAGUCCGGCUGGGCCCAGCUCCCCGCCCUGGGCCAGGGCCCCCUGAGGAAGCCGCCUCUGGCCAGCGCACUGCAGGACGGUCCCCGGAGACUGCUGGCCUUCUCGCACGUGGACAUCAGCGGGCCCCUCAAGGCCCCCGCCAGCCCGCAGCCCAGCCGGCCCCCGCCAGCGUUCCCGCCCCGCCAGCAGGCCGUGGGGGCACCCAGCGCCCCCGCCAGGCCCCUGCCCGUCAGCCCGGCGCUCAGGCAGGCCCAGGGAGCCCGGAAGCCAAGCCCCCCGCGGAAACCGCUGCCUGCGGACCCUCUGAGCAAGCCGGGCCGGCUCAGCAGUGCUGCGGCCAGGCCCCGGGGCCCUGCGGAUUUGGGGCUCCGCCAGCCCCCCAUCAGACCUGCCCCCAAACACCCUCUCCAGGCGCCACGCCCCGCCCCGGCCUCCAGCAAGUGAGACGCCAGCGGCCGGCCCGGCCCGCCCCAGCCCAGUUUGCACUAGCCGCGGCUCCCUGGCGUGGCCGCCGUUUCUCUACCGACUCUGACUCUUUGCCGCCUAAACCCCCUUCUCUCGGGAGCUCUGAGCUGCCGCCCGUCGGUGCGAUGGUGCUCGGUUGACCUGCUCAGGUACUUGUAAAUUAUUAAUUUAUGCGGGACGCGGCUUCGGCGGGUGCGGGUCAGAGGCGCCCCCGGAAGGCGGGGGGCUUCUCGUCCGGAGGGCGUGAGGCGGCUGGGCCCUCCCCGGGGGGGCCGUCAGCGGCGGCUCCAGCCGGCCCGAAGCCUGGGAGCCGCCCCUGACCUCAGCCAUGACCCCCGCCCGCCUCCCUCCCUGCUGCUCCUCAGAGACCCCCACACCCUGCAGCCAGGGAGUCGGGCUGCCGCAGAGCCCGCCCCCACCCCCAGGGGACGUGCAGCCCCGGAAUGCGGGUGCCAGGGCUCGGCCAGGCGCUGACCGUCCACACCUGGGCCCGUGGCCAGACCCCGCCGUCCGUUCUGUCCGCGAAACGCUCCUCUCCCGGCAAGGCCCAACUUGGGAAGACUGAGUCAGGACCCCCCGGCUGGCAGACCCGGCCCCGAGGGAAGGGGGUGGCCAGAGACCCCAGCUGCCCUUGUCAGUGCGGGCUGGUGUCCAGCCUCCGUCCUCCCACAGAGCACUUCACAGCAGGCCUGUGAAGCUUCUAGAACGCGGCGAGGAAGCUCGCCCUGCUGGUGCCCCGCCCACAGAGUGCCGUCCCGGGCAGGGGCGGGGCCCUGGGUGUGAGCACACGAGCACCACAGUCGCCGGGGCCCGGGCCCCUGGGGGCCACGACUCGCCCCGUGCCCCCGUCUCCUCCCAGGCUCAGACAGACAGACAGACACCACAUGGCUCCCAGGCUGCCCUCCCAAGGCUGCGUGCCCCCCGGGCUCCCGUCCCCUGAGCCCCCAGAGCCCCUGUGCCUUCCAGUGCAGCCCCCUGGCCCCUCAUGCCGUCGAGGCGGCUCACGGCGCCCCCUGGUGCUGGGCGGCGGCACGGCCUGCUGAGGCCUCGCUCAGGGCAGGGCAGGGGGACGGGUCCGAGCCACCCCGGCCUCCCCGCUGGGUCAGGAACUCUCUGGCCGGAGGCCACUGUCCACGCAGCCCCGCGCCCCCAGGGGCAACACGCCCAGGCCCUUCUCAGGAGCGGGGGUCCCCUCGGCACUGCCCGGGAAGGCCCCAGCACCCCAAGUUUACGAAGCAUGCUGAGCCAGCGAGACCCGCCCCAGCCGCCCCGCGCCUGAGCAGCCGGACACUGUCCUCCCGGCGUCACGCCACCCUGCGGGCGUCCCACGGCUGGGGACAGGCCGCUCCGGGCCCCAGGGGCUCCCGCACACCCAGCCUCCCCCCCCCCCCACAUCAGGGUGGGCCCCCGGGGGCCCCAAGUCCCUCGUCUCCGGAGCCGGAGCACAGGGCUCCCCGCAGACGCCCGCCCCCAGACCUUGGUCUAUGCAGCCACCGGGUGCCCGGCCCUCCCGCCCGCUGCUGCCGCCCAGUGGGCCGGGGACGCCCACACCCCCUCUGUGCCUCAGGAGGUCCCAGGAAGGCGCCCCCCCUUUCCUAAGGAAGUGACCUCACCAGCAGAACCAGGGGAAGCACCGCGACCACCAGCCACACUGCCCACUCACACUGUACGCAGUGACCAUCAUAGUCACACUGUCCAGUCAUACAGUGGCCAUCGGUCCCACUGUCCACUCACUAUACACAGUGACCACCAGCCACACUGUCCAGCCGUCGGCAGUCCAGGUCAGCCUGGAGUGGGCGGGCAGGGCCAGCCACACUCAGCCCGUCCUCCCGGGGGCCCCGUGCCCGGCGCUCUCCGUCCUCCCCGUCCUCCGCCCUCGGUCCAGCGUCUCUUCCACCCGCCGAAGCACACAGGAGCGUCUCAGCUGUGCGGCCGGGGGCCGGCGGGGGCUCCCCCAGGCGGGCACAGGCGACCCCUCGGCGGGUGCUGGCCGGCCCAAGCUGCCCUCCCGCGAGCAGGCGUGGGUCUCUGUCGCGUUCCCGUGGCCCGGGAGGUCACAGCGGUCACUUCUGUACGCGUUUCUCUGCCCGGCUUCUACAGGAAAACACGACUGGCUGUUUCUGGAGGGAAAAGUCAUUGUUACGAAUAUUAUAUCCAAUAAACG